UUAUUCCAACUCAACGUUCUGAAAGACGGAAGAGAAAAUUGGUUAGAUAUAUGGCUGAUGAUGAUAGCUGUGGGUGCAUGUACUUUGAUUAGGAGUAAAAAAUAUAUGUUUCCAACAAACUUCUUUUAGGCACCCCUUGUAACCAAAAAUAAAAAAUAAAAAAACUUGAUCGAAGCUGAAGCAGAUACCAAUUCAACGGACCAACAACCUAGCGUCCCCGGUGGACAUAAUUUAUUUAUUGUUUUUGGCUUUCUAUUUGUAUAAGCUCGACUUGAGGCAAGAGCAAAAGAGCAUAAAGCAAAAGAAGAGAUGGCUAUGAGAUUUGUUCAGAGCCGAGUGGUGGUGCCGACUCCGACUCGAGCCUGGUUGACUCGCACCCGUUUCUACGGUGACGGAAAGGGCAAGGUUCUCAGCGAGGAGGAACGCGCUGCUGAGAACGUCUACAUCAAGGUACGUACCCCAAUUCGCCUCCUUUGCUCGAUCUGUCUUGGAAUUAAUUUUAGGGUUUGUUUUUUUCUGAAGAAAAUGGAGAGGGAGAGGCUGGAGAAGCUGAAGCAGAAGGCUGCCAAAGAAAGCGCCGAGAACGAGAAAGUAAUUGCUGAUAAGAAGACUGACGGGACCCAUUAGUGGCUCAAACAGUGAUUUGCUCAACCUGAUAGCAUCAGAAGUAAUCCUGAUUACAGGAAUAUCAAUAUCGUGACUUUUAGCCAUGGGGUUUUUGCUGCUUCAAUUUUGUUGUUCUUUUGAUAUCUCCUAGACCGUAUGUUGCAGGAUACCUAAUAUGUUUGCUAUGACUGCUAUGUUUAUUUUCCUUGAUCGCGU